UUCUUACCAUUUCAGUGAUGGACUGAAGAAGUCACUUGAUUCAAGGAACAAACCUGAUGUUGUUAUUGGUCAUAUUGUAGUGCUAUCAGGAACAAUGUCUGUGAAUGGGAGUGUGGAUUUAAACAAUGAUGAAACCAAGGGACGUUCUGAGACAGUAGACUUGACUGAUCAGUCUCUCCUUGUUGACAUAUCAGAUGCUCUCAGUGAAAGAGAUAAAGUGAAGUUCACUGUGCAUACAAAGACCACAUUGCCUGACUUUGCCAAACCUGAGUUCUCUGUAGUGCGUCUUCAUGAGGAAUUCAUUUGGCUGCAUGAUCGUAUUGAGGAGAACGAAAAGUAUGAAGGCUUCAUUAUUCCUCCUGCACCACCCCGACCUGAUUUUGAUGCCUCGCGAGAGAAACUUCAACGUCUUGGAGAAGGUGAAGGAACUAUGACAGAAGAUGAAUUCAAGAAAAUGAAAGCUGAACUUGAAGCGGAAUACCUUGCCACUUUCAAGAAGACAGUUGCCAUGCAUGAGGUUUUUCUCUGCAGACUGGCUUCUCAUCCAGUUUUCAAGGCAGAUCCUAACUUCAAGGUCUUUUUGGAAUAUGAAAAUGAUCUGUCAGUGAGGACGAAAAAUAAAAAAGAACGGCUGGAAACGCUCAUCCGGAGUUUCUCAAAGAGUACUGAUGAAAAAAUCCUUGCAACAACUCAGAAGGACAUAGAUGAUUUCUUUGAACGCCAAAAUACGUUUCUCCUGGAAUAUUAUGCACAUGUAAAAGAUGCAGCAAGUAAGAGUGAUCGAAUGGCACUUACCCACAAACGUGAGUUUAAAAUUGAAGGACGUGUUGCAUCAGAUGAGGAUCUGAAGUUGGUUGAUCUCUUACGAUAUUAUCAACGAGAAUCCAGUGCUGCCAAAGAUCUUUUGUAUAGACGACUCCGUUGUCUUGCCAAUUAUGAGUCAGCUAACAAGACCUUGGACAAGGCAAGGGCACGUAAUCGAGAAGUUCAUGCUGCAGAAUUAAGUCAGCAUGAAGCCUGUGAGAAAUUUGAAAAGAUCUCAUCUAAGGCUCAAGAAGUAGAAUUGCAAGAAUUCAAGACUCGCAGAGUUGCAGCCUUCAAGCGCCAUCUCAUUGAACUAGCUGAGCUUGAGGUCAAGCAUGCCAAGGUGAAACAUCUUUCUUUACAAUUACUCCUGUUCCGCUUGACUAUGCACUCAAAUUCAAUGUUUUUUCUUUGA